AUGUUAAUUCGAAUUCAUCUUCAUCGAUAUCUCGUUCCUUUUCAUCGUCACUUAUCAACUCGAAUAUCAGACGAUUAUAAUUAUUUCAAACGAAGUAUUUUAUCAACCGAUCAUUUUCAACAAAGCUUACCCCGCUUACCAAUUCCACAAUUGGAUAAAACAUGCCAACGGUAUUUAGCUGCGGUAAAACCUAUCUUGAAUAACGAUGAAAACGCCUACAAAGAAACUCAGAAAAUUGUCGCAGAUUUUCGAGCAGGUGACGGAAAGCGACUCGACGCUCAACUACGCGUGAAAAACGCAUCAAAUCGUCAGACGUCUUAUAUUUCCAAGCCAUGGUUUGAAAUGUAUCUCAAGUCACGUUUACCAUUGAUUUUAAACUUCAACUUCUUCCUCGUCUUUACACACGAUCAGCAACAGUUGAAACCAGCUGCACGUCUGACGAAUUAUCUGAUUUCGUCUAUACGUUUCAUGAACACACUCCGGGCAAACGUUCUCGAUCCCGAGAUUUAUCAUUUAAAUCCGAAAAAGACGAAUACUGAUCGAUUUCGAAAAUACCUUCGCUUUGUUCCCAAACCCAUGGCAUUCUACGGUUCGGUCGUCCAAAAAGCGUUUCCACUAGACAUGUCACAGUACAGUCGACUGUUCAAUUCAACUCGAGUUCCAAAACCAGACUGCGAUGUGCUUGAAACACACAAUGACAAUGCUCGACAUAUUAUUGUCAUCAAACACGGCCAUUAUUACAAAGUCAAUGUCCUAGAUGGAAAAGGUGAACUUUUACCGGCGGAAAAGCUCGCGGCAAUGAUGAAAUAUCUAACUGAAGAUUUACGAGAGGAGGAGAAUGCAUACCCAUUAGGAUAUUUCACAGCGGAUAAACGAGAUCGUUGGGCAACAGUGCGAACUCAGUUGGAAGAACUUUCUGAACGCAACAAGCAAAUGUUCAAGGAAAUCGAUAGUUCGAUUAUGGUGAUAUGCUUAGAUGAAGAUGCUCCUGAAAAACUGGCUAAAUCGCUAAGCAAACAGCAACUCGCUGAAUAUGUCUCAGGAAAAUAUUUGUGUUACAAUGCUUCGAAUCGUUGGUUUGAUAAGUCGUUUAAUAUGAUUAUGCUAUCAGAUGGCACGUUGGGUCUUCAUUGUGAACAUUCGUGGGGUGAUGGUGUCGCCUUGCUUCGCUUUUGCAAUGAUAUUGAUAAAGAUGCGAACGAGCACAAUCGAAUCAAUUCAACAAAUUAUCCAUCAAUUCAAUCCUCAACAAAUGAUUGUAUACAAAAACUCGAAUUUCAUUUCAACGAUCAAAUAAAGAAAGAAUUUGAAAUCUCGAGACAAAAUUAUCACGAAUUUGUCUCGAAAUUCAAUGUAAAUAUCUUUCAAGAGCCACUUUUAGGAAAAAAUCUCCUAAAAAAGUUAGCACUUAGUCCUGAUGCAAUCAUGCAACUGGCCAUUCAAAUGACAUACUACAAAUUACAUCAACGGUUCGUCGGAACGUAUGAAUCAUGCUCAACAGCGGUGUACAAGCACGGUCGGACAGAAACGAUUCGACCAGUUACAAAUGAAACAAAGAAUUUCAUUGAAGCAUUAACAAAAUCUACGGAUGAGAAAUUGAAGAAGGAUUUGUUGAAGAAAUGCUCGGAAAAACAUCAACAGUUGAUUAAAGAAGCAGCAACAGGACAAGGUUUCGACCGGCACCUAUUUGCAUUGAAAUAUUUGCAAGAAAUCGAGAAUCAAGAACCAUUGCAUCGACUCUACAAAGAUAAAUCUUAUCAAUUAAUGAAUUACAACAUUCUUUCAACAUCAACAGUCGCUUCGAAACAUAUUGCCGCCGGUGGAUUCGGACCUGUUGUAAACGAUGGGUAUGGAAUUGGCUAUUUAAUUAAUGAUGAACAAUGUGGAUUACUUGUUACAUCAUAUUUACAUCGAGAAUUACCCAGUUUCAUGCAAGCAGCUGAUGAAAGUUUUCGAGAAUUGGCGGCGAUUAUCAAAUCUUGA